AUGGUAUUUGCCUGUUACAUGCACGUUCGUGCCUGGACAGUGCACCAAUAUAUUCCUUUUUUACAAAAGAGCAAAGUGACUCAUAUCCUCAACCUCAGCCCAACCCUCAACUUAAACCCACUGUGGUUCAAGCAGCACUGGGCUUAUACUGUUGCCAAGUAUGGCAUGUCUAUAUGUGUGCUUGGAAUGGCAGAAGAAUUUAGAGGUGAAUAUGCUGUCAAUGCCUUAUGGCCUAGAACAGCCAUACAUACUGCUGUGGAUAUGCUGGGAAGAUCUGGUGUGGAAAGCCACUGUAGGAAUGUUUACAUCAUUGUAGAUGCUGCAUAUGCCAUCUUCAAAAGGCCAAAAAGCUUUACUGGCAACUUUAUUAUUGAUGAAAAUAUCUUAAAAGAAGAAGGAAUAAAAGAUUUUGAUGUAUAUGCAAUUACACCAGGCCAUCCCUUGUUACCAGAUUUCCUCUUAGAUGAACAUCCAGAUGCACUUAAGAAGGAAAAUGAAUCACAUGACCCUGUCCCAGAAGUAAAAGAAGAGCAGCUGCAGCCACCACCAAGACCACAUUUUGGAGCUGUGGAAGAAACAUUUAGAAUUGUUAAGGACUCUCUCAGUGAUGAAGUUGUUAAAGCCACAUAAGCUGUCUAUCAGUUUGAACUCUCAGGUGAAGAUGGUGGCACAUGGUUUUUUGACCUGAAGAGUAAGGGUGGGAAAGUUGGGCACGGACAGCCUUCCAGCCGGGCAGACACAAUUAGGAGAAUGACCACUGGUGAUUUUGUCAGAAUGUUUUCAGAGAAACUAAAGCCAACCAUGGCUUUCAUGUCAGGAAAACUGAAGAUUAAAGGAAAUAUGGCCCUCAUGAUCAGAUUGGAGAAGCUGAUGACCCAGAUGAACUCCAGGCUGUGA